AUGUGGCCAUUCAAACCCUCCCAGACCGACGACAAAGGCGAUAUUCAAGUACUCUCUCAUGGAGAGCCUGCACUGCCUCCCCCCUCGCUAAGCCCAGAGCCCAUAAAGGAAACAAAGGAGGAGGAUGCGCUGGUCAGGUUUACAGGAUGGCCAAACGAACGACUGUCGAUCCCAUUGGUCCUGCGCGCCCCUACCUUGAUGUUGGCAUCCUUUGCUUGCGGCUUCAGUCUAGGCGCUUCCCAAGGCGCUACAAAAGGCGCAUAUCGAUAUAGAGCUGAAAACGCACACCGGCUCCCGACAACCCAAACCGGAUGGUUUCUAUAUCAAAAGUCCAAAAACUAUCACGCGAUGCUCGGCGGUAUCAAGGAAGGGGUCCGCUUCGGAUAUGUAUGUACGGGCUGGGCCACUAUGUUCAUGGUCACAGAAGAGAUGGUUGAUCUGUCCAGAGCUCGUCUCUUCGCAAGAGGGGACGACGAUGUUGCAGUUGGACAAAGGGACUUUGGAAGUACAGUCAUCGCUGGGAUGACUCUGGCCGGUAUCUAUAGCUGGAAACGAGGGCUCGAUCAUUUUGCUGCUGCUCAAACUGCCAGGAGUGCUCUGAGACUAUCACUGUCGUAUGGCCUGGUGCAAGAUCUGGCAGCAUCGAUUAGAGGAAAUCCACCAGCAUACAUCUCGUGGUUGAGGAGAAAGUUUUGGGGGUGA